AUGGAUCUGAUGGCCCCGGGUCUUCUCUUUGUUAUUGCUGCUGCUUUUACCUGUGUAUCUGCAAAUAAAUCCUAUAUCCUGAAGAUGACAUCAGAUGGUCCAAUAACCUCAGGUGCACUGGCUACUGUCAAUGCCAGUCUAGGGAUAUCACAUGAUGGCAUGAUUCUUAUUGUGGACCCCAAGCUUUAUAAUUUCCACUGGAUCUACUCUCCGCUACUGCUCACACCAUCACACAGAGAACGACACCAGUUCUGCCUUAAUGCUGCAAUGUAAUAGCCCAGGAACUUUCCAGGUUUCAGUCUGGGUAACCGAGAGGAGUUGCCCCUCAUGUGAGCCAAUUGCUCGGAACACUACAGAACUCCAAGUGACAAAUGCUAUACGUAAUAUCACAAUUGCUGGGCCUACAGAAACCAACACUGAGCAGAAUUUCAGCAUGUCUCUGCAUUUCCUUGGCAGUCCUCCAUUGGCUGUUUGCUGGCUUAUGAAGUCCGAUUGCGUGUCUUUGGAUGAAGACUGCCACCCAGUGGUGAUAAAUAACACCACCUACAAUAUAAACCAUACCUUCAACACAGCAGGACGCUACUGCUUGAGCAUAAAAGCCCAAAAUGAAAUCAGUAUGCUGGUAACACAUUACAGCAUUACUGUUAAUUCUACAGGUGUGCAUCCCCUUUGGUUUGUCCUUCCUUGCUGUGCAUUCAUUGUCAUUGCUGUUGGUUUCAUCUUCUACACCCUAUUCAAAGCUGCCAGCCACAAUACACACUCAAAGUCUUUGGUGGAGGUGGCAGAUUUUGAUUUCUCUCCUGUCAUGGACAAGUAUGACACUCUUCCAGAAUAUAAAGAAAUCCCUGCAAGAACAUGUUGCACUUACUGCAGGAAUGACAGAACUGACGAAAAAACUGAGGAGGAAGCAGAGACUCAGCCCCUGUUAUAUACAUUGUCUUCAUCAACUAGGAGUUACACAAUGUAG